AUGUCUCAGGAAGAAGCCACCAAAGCUGCCACUGAAGGUGUUGCCAACCUUCACUUGGAUGAAGUCACCGGUGAAAUGGUGUCCAAGUCCGAGUUGAAGAAGCGUAUGAAGGCCAGACAGGUCGAGGCCAAGAAGGCCGCCAAGAAAGCCUCUGCUCAGCCAAAGCCGGAGCCAAAGAAGAAGAAGAACGACCUUUUGGCUGACCUGGACCCAUCCCAGUACUUCGAGGCUAGAUCACGUCAAAUUCUGGAAUUGAGAAAGACCCACAGCCCAAACCCAUACCCACACAAGUUCCAAGUCUCUAUCAGCAACCCUGAAUUCUUGGCCAAGUAUGCGCACUUGAAGAGAGGUGAGACUUUGCCAAACGAAAUCGUCAGCAUCGCCGGUAGAAUCCACGCCAAGAGAGAAUCCGGUUCCAAGUUGAAGUUCUACGUUCUCCACGGUGACGGUGUCGAAGUCCAAGUCAUGUCUCAAUUGCAAGACUACGCCGAUGCCGAGGCUUACGAGAACGACCACGACUUGAUCAAGAGAGGUGACAUUGUCGGUGUUGAAGGUUACGUCGGUAGAACCCAACCAAAGAAAGGUGGUGAAGGUGAAAUCUCUGUCUUUGUUAAGCGUAUUGAAUUGUUGACCCCAUGUCUGCACAUGUUGCCAGCUGACCACUUCGGUUUCAAGGACCAAGAGACCAGAUACAGAAAGCGUUACCUUGACUUGAUCAUGAACAAGGACUCCAGAAAGAGAUUCAUCACAAGAUCCAAGAUUAUCAAGUACAUCAGAAAGUUUUUGGACAACAGAGACUUUAUCGAAGUUGAAACCCCUAUGAUGAAUGUUAUUGCCGGUGGUGCCACCGCCAAGCCUUUCGUUACACACCACAACGACUUGGACAUGGACAUGUUUAUGAGAAUUGCCCCAGAAUUGUUCUUGAAGGAAUUGGUUGUCGGUGGUAUGGACCGUGUCUACGAAAUUGGUAGACAAUUCAGAAAUGAAGGUAUCGAUAUGACUCACAACCCUGAAUUCACCACUUGUGAAUUUUACCAAGCUUAUGCCGAUGUUUAUGACCUAAUGGAUAUGACUGAAUUGCUAUUUUCCGAAAUGGUCAAGGAAAUCAACGGCUCUUACGUUAUCAAGUACCACCCAGAUCCAAACAACCCAGAAAAGGAAAUGGAAUUGAACUUCGCUAGACCAUGGAAGAGAAUCAACAUGAUUGAAGAAUUGGAGAAGAGAUUCAAUGUUACAUUCCCAGCUGGUGACCAACUACAUACUAAAGAAACUGGUGAGUUCUUGCAAAAGGUCUUGAAGGACAACAACUUGGAAUGUCCACCACCAAUCACUAACGCCCGUAUGCUAGAUAAGCUUGUCGGUGAAUUAGAAGACACAUGUAUCAACCCAACUUUCAUCUUUGGUCACCCACAAAUGAUGUCUCCAUUAGCUAAAUACUCUAGAGAUCAACCAGGUUUGUGUGAACGUUUCGAAGUCUUCGUUGCUACCAAGGAAAUCUGUAACGCUUACACUGAAUUGAAUGAUCCAUUUGACCAAAGAGCUCGUUUCGAAGAACAAGCCAGACAAAAGGACCAAGGUGAUGACGAAGCUCAAUUAAUCGAUGAGACCUUCUGUAACGCUUUGGAAUACGGUCUACCACCUACUGGUGGUUGGGGUUGUGGUAUUGAUAGAUUGGCCAUGUUCUUGACUGACUCUAACACAAUCAGAGAAGUCCUAUUGUUCCCAACUUUGAAGCCAGAUGUUCUAAGAGAUGAGGUUAAGAAGGAAGAGAACUAA